CAUGAGCGAGAAGACGAGGAAGAGAAGACGAAGAAGAAGGCGACCAUGUUGAUUUAAAGGAAUAAGAAACACAAUAGAGGCGAUUAAUUUCAACUAAAAUCAAGGAGAAAGGGGAAUUGUAAAGAAAAUAGCUGAUAACCGCAUACUGGGUAUCCCGUAUAAAAUAACAGAGGAACUAAGGUGACAUGUUUUGAGUUGUUGGCUGACUGAGCGGAGGCAGAGGGUCUAUCACAGCCACACUCACACAGUUCACGCGCUGACCCGAGGACCUGUGGUGUCAGGGGAGAACGGGUCGAACACCUGGAGGAGAGAGGAAACGCACACUGAGGACUAAAAAGGGGUGGAAAGCUUUUUGGCUUUGGACUACAUAACCCCCCUUGUGUGUAAACAGAUUUCAGGAUCUUAUUUUUUUUUUUUUCUGGUGUGGACCGACGUAUAUCCACCGGUGGAAAUAAACGGAGAGCGUUAUAGACUAUAUGAUUUUGGGGAAAAACUUGUACAAAGCUGGACAUCCUAUUUCUUCAAGGACAGGGAUAUUGAGCAACUCUAUGGACUCAAGUGAAAAAACAGGAAAUCUUGUUCAAUUUAGAAACAGAAGUUUGAGCAUUGAAAUAAGAUUAUAUUGAAGAAGCUGUUCCCCAAGUUCAGAUUGCCUUAGUUGUUCUAUUUCAGGACUUGAACCGCUUUGAUACUUGUUCACAUAUAAUUUUUCUAUACUGGGAGCAAGUAUAUUCAUGCAUAUGAAUGCAGAUUUCUCUUCAUUUCGAAGAGCUUUUGUGUAAAAACAUUUUUUUGUUGUUGUCGUUGCUGUACGUCAGUCACUCUGUUGUUGAAGGGGACCGAACUGCACGUACAUGUGUAUAUGUAAAUACUAUCAACUGACUUCUGUUGUGAAAGCUUUGGACUUUAAAAGAAUAGAGAAUAUUGUUUGUUAAUGCUUUAUUAAUUUUUUUUUUACUUUUGAAGAGAAUUUUUAAAAAGAAAAACCUAAGAGGCAAAAAUCUAAGACUUUUAAGAGAAAAAAAACAAGAAAAGAACGGAAAAGAGGAACAAUGGCAACGGCUAGAACAGAAAACGUCGGCCCGGUCGUCAUGGGACUGAACAAGCAGAACGGACAGAUCAGAGGACAGACCAAACCAGCUCCAGUCCAGCCAGCACCCACAACUCAAGGAAAGGCUUUGGGUGCACCCCAGAUAGCAGGCGGCGCCCCUCAGGAAGGAGGAGGCAUCAAGUUUGGAGACGACUGGAAAAAGAGCUUAAAGCUCCCUCCCAAAGACAACAGGGUCAAAACCUCAGAUGUCACGUCCACGAAGGGUAACGAGUUUGAAGAUUACUGUCUCAAAAGAGAACUCCUGAUGGGCAUCUUUGAGAUGGGAUGGGAGAAACCUUCUCCUAUUCAGGAGGAGAGUAUUCCCAUCGCUCUGUCUGGACGAGAUAUUCUGGCUCGGGCGAAGAAUGGUACAGGGAAAAGUGGAGCCUAUCUCAUCCCUAUGCUGGAGAGAAUAGACCUGAAAAAGGACCACAUACAGGCACUUGUCAUGGUUCCCACCCGUGAGCUGGCUCUGCAGGUGAGCCAGAUCUCCAUCCAGAUCAGCAAACAUCUGGGAGGAGUCAAAGUCAUGGCAACCACGGGGGGAACCAACCUGCGAGAUGACAUCAUGCGCCUUGACGAGACCGUGCAUGUUGUCAUCGCUACGCCUGGUAGGAUCCUGGACUUGAUAAAAAAGGGAGUGGCAAAGGUGGAUAAAGUCCAGAUGAUGGUGAUGGAUGAGGCGGAUAAACUGCUGUCUCAGGACUUCGUGGUGCUUAUCGAGGAUAUCAUCAGCUUCCUGCCCAAAAACAGGCAGAUCCUGCUCUACUCUGCAACCUUCCCCAUCAGCGUGCAGAAGUUCAUGGCCAAGCACCUUCAGAAACCCUAUGAGAUUAACCUGAUGGAGGAGCUGACUCUGAAGGGCAUUACUCAGUACUACGCCUACGUCACAGAGAGGCAAAAAGUCCACUGCCUCAACACGCUGUUCUCCAGGCUUCAGAUCAACCAGUCUAUUAUCUUCUGUAAUUCCACUCAGAGGGUGGAGCUCUUGGCCAAGAAGAUCACUCAGCUGGGCUACUCCUGCUUCUACAUCCACGCCAAGAUGAUGCAGGAGUACAGAAACCGUGUGUUCCACGACUUCAGAAACGGGCUUUGCAGAAACCUGGUCUGCACUGAUCUCUUCACUCGAGGUAUCGACAUCCAGGCUGUCAAUGUCGUCAUCAACUUCGACUUCCCUAAGAAUGCUGAGACUUACCUUCAUCGCAUCGGAAGAUCAGGGAGGUUUGGUCACCUGGGCCUGGCCAUCAACCUGAUCACGUCAGAGGACCGCUUCAACCUGAAGGCCAUCGAGGACCAGCUGGUGACAGACAUCAAACCCAUCCCCAGCAGCAUCGACAAAAGCCUCUACGUGGCCGAGUUCCACACAUCCGGCGGUGACUGUGACGUGGAGGAGGUGGAGGAGAAACCAAGUCGCCAGAAGGACAGCACCUAAAAAAAAAAAAAAGGACUUUGGGACACACCGGGCUUUUGCACAGACAUCAGCGCUUGCACACAGGCUUCAGGCAACUCUUCAGUUUCACCUUUCUCACUUGUUUUCAGAGCCUUUCAGACGGAUGUUAAGGCUGUUUUAUUUUAUUUUUUCUUUGAUAAUUUUAUUUCGGCUAAUCCUCAAAGAAAGCUGCCUCAUUCCUUUUCAAAGAUUCAGAAAGUUCAACAAUUGUUUUGCACCAAACUCGCAGAAACAGUUUCCUGCUCACGAGCGUCGUGUUCUUGUAUCUGACGGGAAUCAAAGCUGAGUUGAAGCGGUCGUUCUCGGAGACGCUUUUUCUUCUCCAGCAGCGAGGUCGAUCUCUUUUUAUCGUUACAAUGGUGCACCUCCACCAGCCACCGUUCUGUCCACGUACACUGUUGUCGUCACUUAAGUGCCUUACUUACUCCCAUGUGCACUCAUCCAUUCAUCGCCUGCUGUCGUCUGCCGUGCAGCGGAAAACGAGCACAAAUAAUCCGAAUUCAAUAGAAACUCGAGUUUAUUCAAACAUCCAUUAUGCAAGGGAAAAAAGACUGCACACACUCGCUCUUCCUGCUGAGAUGUGUGCAGAGACAUGGCUCAAAUCCUUAAAACCCAUCCUGAAUGUGAACGUUUAUUUUUAAUGUGAACGUUGCAAUAAAAAGGGCAGCUUUAUUUAAAUACUGCGUGACUGUUUUCCCUUUCACUAAAACAUGAGAAUACAAGAAGACUGCUAAAGCCCCCCGCCCCCAUUCAUACUGGUUCAUGGAUGUUAGCCUGCAAACAGCCUCAUGCUGUUACAUUAUGGCUGUCGCUGGUGAGUUCGCCUGCAGACAGCUGCUGUCUGGAGGUAUUUAACAUAAAAAAAAAAUCACAUUGAGCUGGUGAGAACUGUAAAAACAUCGACUUCUAACGCUGGUGAAAGAAUAGUGUCUCCUCUCCUGCAGGCAGCGGGAAUAAUGCAUCAGAGGCGGCUUCAGCUCAGCUUUGAUCGCAGCACAAUCCAGUUUCAGCAGGUCGAAGGAGAAGAGCGUUUGUUGACUUUGGUGCAAAACUAUAGUUUGAAUUUUCUGUUUUUCUUUUCUUACACAGCCGCAACCUUUUUUUGUUUCUUUCUUGAAAUGCAAAGUAGUAAAACAAGAGCAAAAAACUUUAUUUUCAAGCCCCAUCAUGACAAAACUGAAGUUGGUGAAUGUACAAGUUGUCAUUUUGCUCUCUCUAUAGCCCAGUGGUUCAAAGCAGAGCUCUCAAACGUACAUGUAUUGCUGCUGUUGCACAUUUAACUCCCCCCUCUCGCUGAAGUGUCCCAGAUUUAAGAUGAUUUAAUGGACCACAGGGUGAUGCAACCUGCCCCUGUCUAGGAAGAACCACAAUGACUCUCAACUAAUGAGACUAAAAGAGGUGGAGUUACUUUGCAGCAGCAGCAGCGAUACCUUUUAUGUUCCUUCUUUUUCUUUUGUUUUUCUAGCACAGCUUCUUUUUUAUUUCCUGAAUCUAAACAAUGUGAGGAUGAUCUUUUUGAGGGGUGGGGCUCUGUGUUUGAAAGCAAAAUUGUAGCAUCUUUGAACAGGCAGCUGUGACUUCUUUAUUUUGUGUUCCUCCCCUUACAGAGCGUCAAUAACGAUACAAAAAAAAAAGACAUAAAAAAGAAAGUA